AGCAAAGAAAUGCUGAAUGGAUGAAUAUUCUAUCACACGAUGAGACAAAAACUGUCAAGGUCAGUCAUUUUAAUCUUUCAAUGUGCACAAUAUCUAAAAUGUCUGAUUUCAGAGUAGACAGUGUUGAAGAGGAAGUAGCAACGGUUGUUUAAAGACCUUAAUAGCAUUUAUAGCGGACGGUUUUUUCCUUGAAACUUCCAAGUUUUUAUGUGAACCAUGCACAGAUAGUAGCAUCCUUUAACCAACAUCACACAGUAACCUAGAACAACAAAAUUUUAGAAAUUUGUAAUCGUCUUCGUAAUUUUGCCUUCGAUUCCAAAUGGAAAGAAGGUGUGGGUACACCCUCUCGGAAAGUUCGUCAUUUUGGCCAUAAAGCCUCGUUUUCGUGUAUGACACUAACCAAAGCCCAACGUCUCAAACACGAAAACGAGGAGCUAUAGCAGUCCUCGCAAUUUUCGGCGGCAAAAGGCAAUUGCCGCUGAAGAUUAAAUUAUCGGCGCCAAUUUUUUGCCGCCGACGAAUUUUUGUGUGACUGAUGAUGCUUCACUGCCUUUUCAAUUCGAUUAAUUCUUCCAAGUAUGAACAUAUGAUUAGAAAAUCAGUCGGGAAAGUGAGCUAUUCUUUUGUGAACACUUUUAUUUUUGUGGCUUAUUUUAAAAUACAUCGAAAAAUACUUCAUGUGACUUCAAGUUUAAACAUACAUACAAUUUUAGAACAACGUCCGUAGUGUAACAAAGUUAAAACUAAAAGAUUGAUAGCUGAUCUCAAUGUUAUUGUGUGUGAAACAAGGUUUCCUUGAAUAUCAAACACUUUUAAUUAGCAGAGUCAAGAGAAUACUAAAUAUAAAAUAAUUCUGUUCUCUGUCAAAGUGUCAAUUUAUAGUGACAAAAACAUUGCCGCCGAACUUCGAAAUAUCGGCGGCAAUUUUUUACCGCCGGAGAUUUAUCAAAAUUGCAAGGACUGCUAUAGUCAAUGAUGAACUUUCCGGAAGCGUGUGCGCCGGAGCCAGAGUUGUGUUGCUUUCUCCCAGCUCCGGCUGGAAAGUCAGAAUGACAAGAAAUGUGACAACUUCCUAGAAUUAUCGUUAUUUACAAAUAAUGGCAACAUUGAAUUUGUUGAAAGAACGAAGUCUGUAAUUGUGUCAACCCAUGUCGCCAUUUUCGGUUAAUGCAAACGGCCAAAUUGUAAUAAGUCAUAACAGUAUGUCUGUGCAUCUUUCUACCAUAGGAAAAGUUGUAAAUCGCAAGCGUCAGGCUUUGAUACGCUGUAUCACGUCAGCUUACCUUUGGGACAAAAUUGAAACGAAUAAUAUCCGGGAUUAUCCCCUGUGGUGGGAACCAACGCAGCCUGAGCCGGAUGAUUGAACUGUAAAGCAGUCAGAGCUGGAAAACCGGAGUUUGCGCAGCACCACAAGUCAUAUAUUAUUAGCACUGAUGAAGAUCCACGCUUACGGAUCGAAAGCUCUGCAAAUAAUAAAUUUACGUGUUGUUGAAAAGUUAUCUUGGAAAAGUAAUACUGACAGUAUAUGUACAUGUACAGUAUAAGAAAAUUUCUUCUGGAAUAUAUGCCAUCAAAUAAAUCAACGAGUUUGCUGAUGAGAAAACGCUCGUACACAAUGCUUUAAUUCAACCAUAUUUUAGCUACGGUUGUGCUUGGAAUGUACCAAAGGCGUUUCCACAUUUUUUUAAAUUUUUAGUCCACAUUUUUUAAAAAAAAAUUAAAUUUUUUUUUUAAUUUUUCGUCUGCCAAAAACUUCUGAUCACAACAGAGCUGCUCACAUAACAAGUGUGCCUAAUGAUGUUGAGCAGCAAACUGUACUGCAUUUAUGGGAAACUCUCAAAACAUAAAGAAUGAAAGCUAAAGCGAAAAUCAUUUUUAAAAUACUUCGGGCAAAUUGUCUUAGAAUUAUUCACUUUCAAAAAGGAACUAUUAAACCACAAUCUUCGUGACACCUCAAGCAUCGUACGUAUAUCAAAGCCAUGUUGAAAAAGAGUUUUUAUGUAAGAUGGUGCCUCCAUAUCGAACUCAUUACCAGGAAACAAAAGAGAAAGCAAAAUCUAUCAAGUUUGGAAUAAAAAUCGCUACCCAUCGCUUUUAAAACACGUCAUUUCAUGUAAACAGUGUAUCGACUAGUUUUAAACUUGUAAUAAUUUCUUGUUUUCUACGCCAAUUGUGGAAACCAGCUCGAGCUGACAAUGUUAACGUGAUUAAUUAAGGUUUAUCAUCACCAUAUGGUGUUUCUACAAGCUAAAACUUAUGUUUCUAAUGUCGUUUCAUGCCAGGUGGAAACAAGGGUUCGGAAGUGUUUAUCUGCAACGAAAUCUCGCCUGAAAAAUCUCAGGGAACGAAGGGAGAAACUGAACGAGCAAGUAAAACAGAAUGAAGAAUGGUUACAGCGAACACAAGAUGAAAUCAAGAUGAUGGAUGCAGCGAAUGGUUCGUUUAAUGUUCAGACUUUUCUUAAUGUUUAUGAAACAUCAUGUUCAAAUGAAAUACAUGUGAAGGAACUACAGCAAGAAUGUAAAUAUUACAAAAAGUGUCUUCAAAAUUAUGAAUCACAAAGAAAACGCGAAAAACGGUAA